AUGUUUUCGUCUAAUCGGCUGUGUUCUAACUGUAGUAUGGUUCGAACACUCCCGAGUCAAUCCGACGCCAAUGACGUCAUCGCCUUCCCUCCGUGGCGAGGGAAACAACCAAAGACGUUCGCGUUUGAUCACUGCUUCUUUUCGCUGGAGCCGACCCUGCCUCAUUUCGCCUCCCAGAAGACCGUGUUCGAAUGCCUCGGACGGGACAUACUUGACAAUGCAUUCGAUGGAUACAAUGCGUGCAUCUUCGCAUAUGGACAGACAGAUCUAGCCAAUGAAAGAUAG